AUGUCCGGAGGAAAAUCUCUGCCUCUUGUAUACCUUAUGUGGCCGACACCAAACAAAGGAUACAGUGGCCCCCAUAUUCUGAAAAUAUGGAGUAAAGUAAGAGAAGUCUGUGCAGCAAACAAUGUUAACCUUAUUGGUCACUCUGUCGACUCAGCCGGUUUUUCCCUCUCAGCAUUGGCUCAGCUCAUGACACCGACAAAAUCUGCAGUUGCUGAAGGUAUAAAAUACUUAGGCCUUGGAGUUCCAGAAGAAAAAUUUCUUUCGCCUGAUUUUUGGAAACUCCCAGCAAUAGCCUAUGGUGAUUACGACCAUUUGAGAAGAACAUUUCUGCGUGUACUUAAAUAUGACACUCGAAACCUCACAUUCUACAAAGAUUCACGAGGAAGUGUUGUAGCCACAAUCAGUCACCUUCGUGAGCUCAUGCGUGUAUGUAGCCAGAUAGAUCAAAGUUUACCAUUUUCAGCCAACGACCUUCUCCUUAUAAGUUUCUUUGAUCAGUGACCAGACACAGCUAAUAGAAUCUUCACUCUCAAGGUUGCCGAAAUGCUACACAAAUACGUCAAGGGGUCGGAGGGAACUUGCCUCUUUAUUACUGCUGUACACUUCCUAACUGAACCUUUCUUCAAUGCAAGCUAUGGGUCUCCAGAAGAUAUCCAAAAGGCUCUUUCUACUGGAAUUACCAUCUUACGACUCUGGAAGAGAUACCUAGAGAUUAGGAAAAUGAGACUCCAUUCCCAAACAAAUGCAGCUAAAAUCAAGGAAAGGCGAGGAAAUUUUAUCACAUAUGGAGCUUACACGACAUCAGAACUACUCUUCUCUGCUGGCACCCUACACUCCUUGGCAAUGUAUUUACAUUUCAAGCAUCUGGGGCCUGACAUAUAUUCGCCACAAAGGUCCAGAACAAUUGCUGCAGAGAAGAUCAUUGAACAGCUGCAGGGGAAAACGAAUCAAAUCCAGUCUCUAGACACAUCACCCACUUAUGCUGAUACGAUCAACAAGACCAAAGAUGUAUCGUUCGUCAUAGAAGCCCUGUCCAAGUUAUCAACAUAUGAAGGAGUAAAAAUCCCUGCAACAAGCAACAGCAAAUUGUCCCACUUCCAAGCCUAG